CAGUCAGCGAAUGGAGUGGAAGAACACCGACGGAUGGAAAAAGAGGAUACAUAUUCAGACGUGACAGAGAAGUUUGAAUAUUUGGAUGCAGCAAGUAAGGAGGAAGGAAAACAACCACCCGAAAGGAGGAAUAAUUCCGGUCUUUUGCAGUGGGGUAACUCUCUACAGGAAAAUACACGUCAAGGAGACAACAGGGAUGAGUGCGCUGCAAGCAAGAAAAGUUUCACUGACAUAUCAGUUAUCCAUAUUCACCAAAGGAUGUGUAACAGAAAGAAAAUAUAUAAAUGCCGUAAAUGUGGGGAAAUUUUCAGGCAAAUAGCGCACCUUACUUUCCAUCGAAAAAUUCACACAGGGGAGAAACCAUAUACAUGCCUGGAGUGUGGGAAAAGCUUCAGUCACAGUUCCCAUCUUACUUCCCAUCAAAGAACUCACACAAGAGAACCAUACAAAUGCCUGGAGUGUGGGAAAAGCUUCAGUCACAGUUCCCAUCUUACUUCCCAUCAAAGAACUCACACAAGAGAACCAUACAAAUGCCUGGAGUGUGGGAAAAGCUUCAGUCACAGUUCCCAUCUUACUUCCCAUCAAAGAACUCACACAAGAGAACCAUACAAAUGCCUGGAGUGUGGGAAAAGCUUCAGUCACAGUUCCCAUCUUACUUCCCAUCAAAGAACUCACACAAGAGAACCAUACAAAUGCCUGGAGUGUGGGAAAAGCUACAGUCGGAGUGACACUCUUAUCACCCAUCGAAGUAUUCACACCGGGGAGAACCUAUAUAAAUGCUUGGAGUGUGGAAAACGUUUUGGAAGAAAAGAUACUCUCAUCGCCCAUCAAAGAAUUCACACAGGGGGAAAAGCAUACAAAUGCUUGGAGUGUGGAAAAAGCUUUGGUUACAGUAACAUUCUUGCUUCCCAUCGAAGAAUUCACACAGGUGAGAAACCAUACACAUGCCUGGAGUGUGGGAAAAGCUUCAGUCACAGUGCACACCUUACUUCCCAUCGAAGAAUUCACACAGGGGAGAAACCAUAUACUUGCCUGGAGUGUGGGAAAAGCUUCAGUCACAGUGCACACCUUACUUCCCAUCGAAGAAUUCACACAGGGGAGAAACCAUACAAAUGCCUGGAUUGUGGGAAAAGCUUCAAUCGGAGUGACAGUCUUACUUCCCAUCGAAGAAUUCACACAGGGGAGAAACCGUACAAAUGCCUGGAUUGUGGAAAAAGCUUCAGUCGGAGGGGCAGUCUUACUUCCCAUCAAAGAGUUCACACAAGGGAGAAACCGUACAAAUACCUGGAUUGUGGAAAAAGCUUCAGUCGGAGGGGCAGUCUUACUUCUCAUCAAAGAGUUCACACAAGGGAGAAACCGUACAAAUGCCUGGAUUGUGGGAAAAACUUCAGUCGGAGUCACACUCUUAUCUCCCAUCAAAGUAUUCAUGCCAGGGAGAACCUAUAUAAAUGCUUGGAGUGUGGGAAAAGUUUUGGAAGAAAAAAUGGUCUCAUCUCCCAUCAAAGAAUUCACACUGGGGAGAAACCUUACAAAUGCUUGGAGUGUGGGAAAACCUUUGGUUACAGUUACAGUCUUGCUGUCCAUCGAAGUACUCACACAGGGGAGAAGCCAUACAAAUGCCUGGAGUGUGGAAAAGGUUUUGGAAGAAAAGAUACUCUCAUCGCCCAUCAAAUAAUUCACACAGGGGGAAAAGCAUACAAAUGCUUGGAGUGUGGGAAAACCUUUGGUUACAGUAAUAUUCUUGCUUCCCAUCGAAGAAUUCACACAGGGGAGAAACCAUACAAAUGCCUGGAGUGUGGGAAAAGCUUCCGUCAAAGUGGAAACCUUACUUCCCAUCGAAGAAUUCACAUGGGAGAAACCAUAUCAAUGCCUGGAGUGUGGCAAAAGUUCACACCUCAGUGUCCAUCAGAAAUUCCUACAGGGGAGAAUAUAUAGAAAUGCCUAGAGUGUCGAAAAAGCUUCAGUCACAGUGGAAGCCUUACUUCCCAUCAAGGAAUUCAGAAAGGGGAGAAACCAUAGAAAUUCCCGGACUGUGGGAAAAGCUUCAGUCGCAGUUUACACAUUGGUGUCUGUCAGAAAAAGCCAGGGGAGAGGAAAUUUAUGAUUUUAAUUGUAUUUAUGAACGUUUAUGCAUUGUGCAGUUUCAUAACCUGUAAAGUUCAAUUCCUGGUCAGGAAAAGUACCAACAUUUCAUAACCACCUCUCAACCUUGACAGUUCAUUGGUAUAACUGACAAAAGAGGAGAUUUAUUGCUCUGGAAUUGCAAACAACUGCUGUCUUGAGUCCUAUGACCUUGCUUUGAGAAUUUAGUCGCAGUUACCAAGAUGUAUUCGAGUCCAUGUAGUAUAGAAACUCCUUUGCACAAUCGCUUUAGGGUCCAGUUGUUUUAUUUGGAGGACAAUCACGUGUUCCAAGUUCAAAGAGUUUAUUUCUCUUCCCCUGUCAUCUCUAUCAAAAGUGUCACAUAAGAGUCAAAUGAGGCUUUCUACUGGUGGCUUCCUAUCAGAAAAGACCUUAUAUCGGGUGAGCAUAUCAUGUGUACCGGGUAUCCCACUGUACAUAGCCUUCUGCACAUCAACUUAAAAAUGCUUCGGUAUUUAUCUAAGAGUGAGAAAUG